GCGGGGAGAAGUGUCCAAACCUCACCAAGUACCUCAGAAGAUGCAGUGGAGGACAAAACAACAAGUGUUAAUAUCCAGGAUGGUUGUGUAGGGACGUGUAAUAUCUUCCUUGAAAGUUGCCACUAACAUGUGAACACUGAUGUGCAUUUCAAGCCAGUUUUGCACUUGGAGUAAAGCUAAGUCUUAAAUAUAAAGCAUAACCAAAAAGUCUCAAAUAUAAAGCAUAGCAAACAUUUCUUUCAGCGUCUUAAGUAGUGCUGCACAGAAUGAUGGAGUUCACGAGCAUAACCCGAGAUGGUUCCGGGGUUCCUUGAGGACCGUCGCCCUCAUGCUCCACGGCUGUUCCGCUGUCCCCCGCUAGCUCCACAUCCUUCACACCUUUCAGCUUUACUGGCCAAACUUUCACUCAGAGGUCAAGUGGAGUCAAGAAGAAGUCAAAAGAAGUUUUGCCUGGGAUUUAAGGAGGAGGCUCCAUAGCAGUAAAGUAAGUUCAAGGUUAGAAAUCUGAAACAAUGGGUGACUGGAGCUUUCUGGGGCGACUGUUAGAGAAUGCGCAGGAGCACUCCACAGUUAUUGGCAAGGUUUGGCUGACGGUACUGUUUAUCUUCAGGAUCCUGGUGCUGGGGGCUGCUGCUGAGGAGGUCUGGGGAGACGAGCAGUCGGACUUUACAUGCAACACGCAGCAACCUGGUUGCGAAAAUGUUUGCUAUGACAAAGCCUUCCCCAUUUCUCACAUUCGCUUCUGGGUGCUGCAGAUCAUUUUUGUCUCCACUCCAACCCUCAUCUACCUGGGCCAUGUCCUGCACAUUGUACGCAUGGAGGAGAAGAGGAAAGAGAAAGAGGAGCUGAAAAAGAAGGGAAGCAGCAAAGAUGGCAACUACCCAGUAGCAGCAGCAUCUGGCAGCGGUGGUGGAGGAGGCAGCAAUAACGUCAAAGAUCAAUCUAUUGUCAAAAGGGGGAAGGAGAAGCUCCCAGUCCGUGAUGAACAUGGUAGAAUUCGUAUGGGGGGUGCCUUGCUCCGUACCUAUGUCUUCAAUAUCAUAUUCAAGACACUGUUCGAGGUGGGCUUCAUUGUGGGCCAGUACUUCCUAUAUGGCUUUGAGCUAAAGCCAGUCUACCAGUGCAGCCGCUCACCUUGUCCACACACUGUGGACUGCUUCAUCUCGAGGCCCACUGAGAAGACAAUCUUCAUCAUCUUCAUGUUGGUGGUGGCCUCAGUCUCCCUGCUGCUGAACAUGCUUGAGAUAUAUCACUUGGGGUGGAAGAAGCUUAAGCAGGGCAUGACGAGUCAGUACAUCCUAGAGAUGCCUGUUGCAACAAUGACACCAGUUAUGGUAACAGGGGAGUCCAAACCUGUUUCCCUGCCGCCGCCAGCACCACCUGUGGUGGUCACGACUGCCACACCACCCCCUGUUCUGCCUGACACCCGUGCUGUCACACCGCUGCUGGCUCCAGUGACCAUGGCAUCUUACUAUGCUACAGCUGCUCCAAGACCACGGCCCCCCUCCAACACGACGUCCAUGGCAAGCUACCCUGCUGCUCCACAGGUUCCUGAGGAUAGGCACCGUGCUGUGACUCCCACACCCAUCUCCACUCCCGUCACCAUCCCAACCCCCAUCCCCACACCCACGCCAGCUGCCAUCAACUACUUCAACAGCAGCAGCCGUGCCCUGACAUCCGAGCAGAACUGGGUCAACAUGGCAGCUGAGCACCAGGGCAAGGUUUCCUCCAGCUCAGCAGGCUCCUCUACCCCCAGCAGCAUCCGGCAUCCCCUUCCUGAGCAGGAAGAGCCACUGGAGCAGCUACUCCCACCCCCAGCUGUGCUGCCCAUUGCCGCAGCCAACAGCGGCAGCAGCACCAGCCUGAGCGGGGCGAGCGGCAGCAAGUGGGAUGUGGAGGGCGAGGUGGAGCUGUCGGGGGCGCGGCCCGUCUCGGCUGCCUGCACCACGGUGGAGAUGCACGAGCCACCGCUGCUCGUAGACACGCGGCGCCUGAGCAGGGCCAGUAAGUCGAGCAGCUGCAGAGCCCGGUCAGACGACCUGGCCGUGUAAGGCGGUCGCCCCUGCUCGGGGGAGCAGGUGCUGGAAGGCAGAGUGGGCAGGGGAGCUGCCUGGGGAGGCCAGGCCUGGCGUGGGUGAGAAGGCCUGGGCUUCAAACUUAGAUGCUUGCUGUUUUUGCACUCUGUGAGUUGUAGUGGGGAAAAUUAUCAACGUUUUCUAAUAGGUCAGGGGUGACCGAAGCACAGCCCGUGGGCCCGGGGACCAGUCCCACUUUUCUUCAUGUUCACAGCAGAUCCCUCAAGGGCAGCCGUAGGGGAGGCCUGCACAGAUAACAGGUGGUGAUGGUAGCUGGUCGUGUGCCCCGAGGCUGACUUUCAUUUGAGAAAAACGUUAAUAUCCCUGGUGCCCGUGCACCUGGCUGUCA